UGGUGGGGCGAGAAAGAAAAUCGAAGAGAGAGAGAGAGAGAGAGAGAGGGGGGGAGAGUGCGAAAAUUGAAAUCCCGCCCAAGCCUCUCUCCCCCCACUGGAAAUGCCGCUCCCCCGAGCCGCCUCCUCCUCCUCCUCCUCCUCCGCCUGUCGUCGUCUCUGAGCUCUCGCGCUCGGCUCGGCGCCCCCGCUUCCCAUGGCGAGAAUCAAGCACACCGCCCACAAGAGUACCGGCCGCCGCCCCCGCCUCCCCGGCUCCGCCUCCGCCUCGCGGUCGCCGGCGUCGCCCGGGCCUACCUCCACCCCUGGCACGAGCACAAGUCCAGGGAGAAGUCCAAGAAGUGCCACUCCCCGAAAUCCGGCGGCGUCAGGGCAGAAGAAGCGACGCUUUAGGCCAGGAACGGUUGCUCUCCGGGAAAUUCGGCAAUUCCAAAAGUCCUGGAGACUGCUCAUACCGAGAGCUCCUUUCAUUAGGACCGUAAAAGAAAUUAGUAACGCUCUAGCCCCUGAUAUUACUCGUUGGACAGUUGAAGCUCUAUAUGCUAUUCAGGAGGCAGCAGAGGAUUUUCUGGUUCAUUUAUUUGAAGAUGCAAUGCUCUGUGCUAUUCACGCAAAGCGUGUUACCCUUAUGAGGAAGGAUUUUGAGCUGGCUCGACGGCUUGGAGGGAAGGGGCAGCCUUGGUGAUUGAUUGUAAAUUAAAUGUACCAAAGACCAGCAGUGUCGUGUAUGAGGGGAGGCUGUUUCUAUGGUCCGGCGACUCCGAUUGCCAUACCCAAUUCGUUCAAGAAGCACAAUGAUCGUUAGGAUGUUAGUAAAAUUAGCUGGUAGGCACUAACUGCAAUCUCUCAGGUAGUAUUAGCAUUUAUUUUCAUCUCCAACCACCUACAUUCCGGGAAGUAAGUUGUGUCGGAGAGCUAUGGAGGACAAAGAAACUCCCCGGUUCUGGAAGGAGAUUUUCUAACUCAGCAAUGACAUCGACAGGAACAGAGAAUGUUUCUGUCCAGAAUGUUUAUUUUUUCCUUGUUUUGCAUUAAACAAGGUGGAAAAACUGAACACAGGAUCCUUCAUGUUGCCCAAGAAAUAUGCAGUGGCACUUGUAUCUCUGCGUGUACGAUUAACAGUGUACAAACUAGAGAAAAUAAUACGAGGCUCACGCAAUUUUCACCCAA